GAACGAUUUGCACUCGUGCUCCCUCUUAAGCUUGCAUUGGAAUGAAAUAGACGCUGGCCCUCUUGCGCACAUGAAUUUGCUACAAUGGGUUUGAAGAUGGCUGAAUACGAACCCUUUCCAGUCUCAGGUUACUUCUCCAAGCCCGAUCCCGCUACCCCGAAGACCGACCCCGACUUCCUUCCCUACUGGGCUCGCUGUCGUGUGCAGUGUGCUCAGAAUUUGUUGGACUCUUCCGACGAGCCGAUCGAGUACGACGACGACGACGAGGACUAUAGUGAUAAUCGCUUCUUCUUUCCGGAGGAUUGCUCGUGGACCCCGCCCAAGGACUGGUCCGUGGAGGCGCAUUGCCGAACGAUAAAGGAGAUACCCAUCAUCCAAGUGCAAAGACAUACUUCGACCGGCCUUGACGCCACCGACACGAUGAUUCCUGGACUUCCUGAUAUUAAGAUGCUGGACUCGGAGGCGCUGGGAGACCUUCUGGAGGAUAAUUUAUCCCCACCGGAGAUCACGACCAUUCUUGUGUUCGCCACAAACGGUGCCGUCUUCGCCUACGGCUCCUGCCUCUCCUCCCGCCAACUACGAAACCUCAGCGCAACCUACGGUGCGGCCUACACAUGUUACGCUAAGACAGCCUCAAGUGGCAACCUAACAGGCGUAAACCCCGCCAGCCACCCAUCAUCCUACGUGACAGCUCAGUCCAUGUCACUAGGCGAUGUGGGGUCGAUCGUCUUCGAACUGGACGAGUCAGUCGCAGUAGUGACCCGAAUCGCCGACAGAGUCCUGCUAGCCGCUGUGGGGCCAUCCAAACUCGACGAAGAAGCAACGAAUGGCGACGAUAUAGUCGAUGGUGUGACAGGUGAUUCUGGGAAUGGGGCCACAUCAGAUGGGUCUCAGGGCGAUGGCCACCACACACCCACGGCAGCAUCUCCGAACCCCGCCGUUCGCAAUGGCAAUCUUGAUGCCCAACAUGAGAUCGACCGCAGUGCUGAUCUUGCUCGCUUGGCUAGUCUGAACUUGUCUGCUUCACCUUCCGUUCUGCUUGCCCUAGAGUCCAAAUGUGCUGCUCUGGGUAGGUUUCUUGGGCAGAAACUUCAUGACUUGGAAAGUCCGGAGGAUUUUUGA